AUGAGUGAUGGAAAGCGGCUGUACCAGGCGUGUGGUUCAUCAGAUUCCCGAGAGGCGCUGCAGCUGUUGGCCAGUUGGGACCACCAACGUAUUCGAGCUGCUGCCAAAUACAUAGAUAAGGACGUCAAGUCAUACUACCACAGCGCAUCAUGUUAUACACCACUGCACAGGGCCUGCUCUGAAGGUCGUGUCAAGUUGGUGGAGAUGCUGUUGAAGCACGGUGCUGAUGCUGAAGCCAAGAGCAACAAUGGCAAAACGCCCCUCGAUCUAGGAACUGAACACGGACAUGGCGACAAGCUGGAGCCCGUGUUUGCUGCCCGUGAGGCUUGCAUCUGGCUGCCGCCGCUGCCCAACGCCACGCCCACCCAUGAGACCACGGCCUCUGUUGUGGUGGCGGUCGACACCUGGCUCAAGCCGCUCCUGCCCAAGCGCACCACCACCCAUCGUCUCCCCCAUCUCGAUGCUUUUGUCACGGGGGCUGUCUCGCACCUCCCCAACCGCGACGCGCUUGCCAACAUGAAGAAUAUCAUUGAUGGAGCACCAUUGGUCUUUUUAUCCGUGGACUGGGCUGCCUUCAAGGUGACCACCACCCAGGCACUUGGUGCGCUCGACCAAGCACUGCAGGCACCCGAAGCGUUAAACAGCCGCUUGAGCCAGCUAGACCCAAACUCCGACAAUCUAGAAUCGGUGCUUAAAGAGCUGCAUCAGCUCAUAGAGCAGUUUGACCUGCAGCCGGCUCUUCUCGAGCUACAAACUGCACUGGCAGCAUGCCCCGCACCGCCGACUGCACCAGCGUCCUCACCAGAAACACCGCCGACCGACUUGGCAGCCGCCCUGGACAAGGUUAUCGCCCUGAGCGACGGCGGACCCGAGCUGCAAGAAUUGCUCACCACCUCCAACAACAACCUCAAGGGGUUGAUUCUGGCAUUUAUCGAUGCUCUGGGCGCCGUGGCAAAAGCAGGAACAAGCGACACGAUUCAUCGUGUAGACACGCUGCGACAAAUUGCGCACUGUCAACACGUUGACGCAGCGCCUCCAGCCGAAGCAUUGCCCGAGGCCUGGGAGCAGCUGUGCCAGGCCCACCAAAACCUGAGCGCGCGUAAGCAAAAUGGUCUGGAACAAAUUGCUCAGUGGCAAGCCCCUCCAGAAUACGAGCAUCAGGGCUGGUAUUUGACGUUUGUUCUUCAUGAGUCACAGGCCUUGGCGCGGCAAUUGCAAGACAUGAUCAAAUGGCAGGACAUAACACGAUCUGCGCUGACCUCGUGCAUAAAAUAUGCCAAUGAAAUCAUGCAGAGCAACCCGGAUCAAUUUGUAUCUGCACAUGAGGAAAUGGCCAAGCUGCAUGAGCAAAUCCAGGCCACCACAGCAUGCUUGAGCUUUGCUUCAGACAAGCUGCGCCCUGUCCUCGAAGAUGAAUUGCAGGAGAAAAGAAGACAUCUAGCCACGUUACAGCAAAAGCUUUCAGCUGAACCACACGUGGAUCACGUCGCAGAGCUCACCCAGCUGCUGCAUCAACAUUUCCCAGCUCUGUUGGUCUUUUUGCACCCUGAGCAGAGCACGCUGGGAAAGCGACUUCGCACUGUGCUCGGGGCCGACCUUCCGGCCAGCCUCAUCUUGGAGGCCAUGACCGAAGUAGACCAGCGGUUGUCGCUGACUGACUUGGGUCAACUUGAGCUCCACUACUACCAAAACCACAAGGUAUACAAAACCCGAGCAGCGCUACCAGAUUGCCCCGAGCAAGAUCUGGCUGUGAAGGAAUUUGCACUUGCCCGGCAGCACAAGCAGGAUCAAUGCCGCACGUUUCUUCGAGAACUUCGCGCGAUGCGCCAGCUUGAGCACCCACACAUCAUCCCGGUCCUCAGUGCGCUUGUGGACGUGCGAGACGGCCAUCCGAGCGCCUACCUGGUGCAGCCAUGGUGUACACAGGGUGAUUUGCAGCAGUGGCUCGGCAAGGCGCGCCACCUGGCCACCUCGACCGUGAUUGCAGGUCUGAUGGCUCAGCUGCGCACGGCUCUGGCCUUUAUGCACAGCAAGGGCCUGGUACAUCGGGAUGUCAAGCUGAGCAAUGUCAUGUUGGACGGCGAAGAGGACCAGCCGGUUGUGCGGCUCGGCGAUUUCGACAUUGCCAAGGCCGCCGCUGAAGCCACGAUGUUGCCGUGCACGGCCACUGCAUCGUCGGGCACGGCAGGCUACGUGGCGCCCGAGGUGCUUUUUGGCCUAGGUCGUGUGGGCGCGCGUCCGGCACAGGAUGCCUUUUCCUUUGGCUGUGUGCUGUACAACACCUACAUGUUCCCGCAAACGGUGCCACCUGCUCGUUUACCCACGGACCAGCUUGCUGAGAAAUGCCAAUGGGAGGCAGGAGCAAGAGGUGCAGAAUGCAGUUUUUCGCACUUAGCGGCUGAGAUGUGCGAUUCGACGAGCGAUUUGUACAAGGAAACGCGAGCUUUGCUCGCAACGGAUCCGAAGCAACGGCCAAGCCUCUUCAACGCUGGGCAGCAUGCGCAGCAGCCUGCCAUCGCUCAAGUGGGACCAGCCAUUGACGUUUUGCGUGACGCGCCCGAGCUCACUUCAGAGGUGGCUGAGCUAUUGAAGCAGCUGAACACCGACGCGCGGGGGCCAGCGAAUAUUGCAGUACAGCGGGUUGAGCGCGUGCAAAACCCCGUGCUGUGGGAGCGCUACAGUGCCAAGCGACGUGAGAUGUUACAUCGCAUCAAAAAACAGGAGCACUAUAAUAAACUCCAAACGGCCACCUUGGAUGCGCUCCCAGGCCUUCCAGCUCUGCUUCGUGACUCAUCCUGUCAAGAGCGCCUGUUGCUCCACGGCAUUGCCCCCGACGCGAAGUUGCGCGACAAGAUCGUGCGCCUAGGCUUUGACUAUCGCUUUGCCGGUAGCAGCGCCGGCCACCAGUUUGGGUAUGGUGUUUACUUGGCCGACCACCCCGGCAAGAGUCAUCAGUACGCCGGUGCUGGACCCAAUGGUGAGCGGAUGCUCGUCAUCGCCCGAGCGCUGCUGGGUCGUGCCCAUGUGAAUGCAGCACCGCCUUCUAGGGCGUUGGCUCCUCCGCUCCUCCCCAAAGCGCCCAACAAUGAGCGGUAUGACUCGGUUAUCGCGGCGCCGCAACGGCAAUUUGCCGAAGUCGUCAUUUUUGAGAAUACACAACUCUAUCCUGAGCUGGUGGUGUACUACACGGCAGCAGAUUAG